CUCUGUUUUUCUCCAGACCCCAGAAGGGAAAGUAAAGGAAACAGCUAUUUUUCAGCUUUUCUGGAGGAAUGCAAAGUUCUCUUUCCUUAAGACAAAUGAGGUGAGAAGUUCAUUGCUGUAAAUAUCUCCAAACUUAGCUCGUUUUGUCAAAAGAAGACUAACUGGAAUGUAGAAGCCUGGAACCAGUGAUUACCCAUUUCCAUUAAAAGCCCCUUUGUCCGGGGAAUUGUGGAGCAUAGGGGCUCAUAAAUCUUCCUUUAUUCCUUAGACCUCACAAGUUACAGCAUUCCAAAAGGUUUGGGCUACCUGACCAUUAUGGCACCAAGAAACCUCUUGUAUAUGAGAAGUAACUUUCUUUUUGGUUCAAGAUGUUGGAUGAUCCGAUUUUCAGCAGAAAUCCUCUUUAAAUCAGUUUCAUUUAGGCUUUUCAGUAUGAAAUGUGAUAAUGCAGACAGUGAACCUUUGGAAAAUGAAGAACUGCUGAAUAACUUACUUACUAUGGGAGUAGAUGUUGACAUGGCAAAGAAACGACAGCCUGGAGUUUUUAAUAGGAGAGGUACUAAUGAGCAGAACCUGAAGACAUUCCUUCUGUCUAAAGGAGCUAGCAAAGAAGUGAUUGCUAGCAUCAUAUCAAGAUAUCCACGAGCCAUGACACGCACACCUGAAAGUCUUUCAUAUCGGUGGGAUCUGUGGAGAAGAAUUGUGACAUCAGACCUUGAAAUUGUAGCUAUUUUGGAACGUUCUCCUGAAUCCUUUUUUCGGUCCAGUAACAACCUAAACUUAGAGAAAAAUAUAGAGUUCCUCUACUCAGUUGGAUUGACCCAUAAAUGCCUUUGUCGAUUGUUGACCAGUGCCCCACGUACCUUCUCCAAUAGUCUCGAGCUGAAUAAACAGAUGGUUGAAUUUUUGCGAGAAGUCUGUUUGUCUUUGGGUCACAAUGAUCCCACAGGUUUUGUCAGGAAGAUAAUUUUUAAAAACCCUUUCAUCUUAAUUCAGAGCACCAAACGGGUAAAAACUAAUAUUGAAUUUUUACAGUCAGCUUUCAACUUGAACAAUGAACAGCUGCUUGCUUUGAUACAUGGUCCAGGAGCUAAAAUCCUAGACCUUUCCAAUGAUUGUAUGAGAAGAAACUACACAAAUAUCAAAGAAAGACUGCUUUCUCUUGGGUGUACUACAGAAGAGAUACGGAAGUUUGUUUUAAGCUGUCCAGAUGUGAUCUUCUUGGGAGAGAAAAAGUUUAGUGAUAAAAUAGACUGCCUCAUAGAAGAAAAAAUUAGCAUUUCACAAAUAAUUGAAAAUCCUCGGAUUUUGGACUCAAGCAUAAGCACUUUAAAAAGUCGAAUCAAAGAAUUGGUAAAUGCUGGCUAUAACUUGAGUACGUCAAACAUCAGUCUUCUGUCUUGGAGUCAAAAUAGAUAUAACGCUAAAUUGAAAAAGUUAAACACUAGACAGAAUGUUGUUCUGGGGAAUUAAGCAGAAGUCAGUCUUAUAAUGUAGUGACAUAAUUUCAUUUUGAAUUUGGACCUUUCAAAAAGGAGGUUUGUUUUCUUAACCACAUAUACAUAUAUAAUGUUUCUUUGGAUAUUUUAGUUUAAAGCUUCAUAAAAACUAAUGGUCAUUAUGCCCUGGUAUAGUCUUCCCAGCUACCUUUUCUGUAGUUUGAAUUAGUACAACACCCAAUUUUAUGAUAUAGGCUGUGGCUUUUGUAUGAAUGGUAGUUGCUGAGUGCUAUGGCAGAACAAUGUGUAAAAAGAAAGUACAAAAUAAACUUUUUUGGUUUCUGUUCAGAUUUGAAAAUCGACAGAUUCAUUUAGAUAGUUCUAUUUCCUAUCAUGGUUUUGAAUGGCAACCUAUUUCUCCUAUUAUUCCACGUAUCUAAUUAUGGUUCAUCUUCAAAAUAGAAUGUCAGUAAGAAUAUGACAACAAAAAGGAGGAAUUUUUCAUCCCAAAUUCUACGUACUCUAUUUAAACCAUUAGUAUGCCCCACCACUCCUCCAGUUUAGGCUCAAUUUACUAUGGGUAUAUCCUGAUUUCUUUGAAGAUAAGGGCAACUGUGAUAGGCAGAAUAAUGGUUACCCAAAGAUAACAAUGUCUUAAUUCCCAGAACCUGUGGAUAUGUUUCGUUACAUUAUAAAAGGACUUUGCAGAUGUGAUUAAGUUAAGGACCUUAAUUUGAGGUCCUGAGUUGGGGAGGUUAUCCCGGAUUAUCUGGGUGGGCCCAGUAUAAUCAUAAGGGUCCUUAAAAGUGGAAGAGGGAGGUAAAAGAAGAGGUCAGAGUGAUGCAAUGUAAGAAGGACUUGACCCACUUUUACUGGCUUUGAAGGAGGAAGGGGACAUGAACCAAGGAAUGCAGGUAGCCUCUAGAAAAUGGAAAAGGCAAGGAAGCAUUCCUCACUAGCACCUCAGAAAGGAACGCAGCCGUGCUGAGACCUUGAAUUUAGCCCAGUGAGACCCAUGUCAGACUUCAGACCUACAGAACCAAAAGAUAAUAAACUGGUGUUGUUCUAAGCCACUGAGUUUGUGAUAAUUUGUUACAGCAGCAAACAGACUAAUAUAACAACUAAAUGGAUGAUUAGUUGCAUUUUAGGUGAAGAAGUGUACCUUUAGUAUAGUAUCUGUAUUUCUUCCUCUUAUACUUUUUUUAUCCACCUAUCUUUCUGGAAUGGCUAAUAAGUUAGUGUUUGUAGUUUCCU